AUGGAUAAGACAUGGAUGUAUUCCAAUCGAUUGUCGAAAGAGUACGAGAACGGGGUAUCGAAAUUUGUUAAGUUUGCUAUUGCGCACGCCAAAGACCCCAAUCGAAUGACAUGUCCUUGCUUGAGUUGCUGUUAUGGGAGUCAGGUUGACGCGGUUCAGUUGGCAUCGCAUUUACUACGUGUUAUUGGUACGUUACUCAAUAUACAAGGAAAGUCUAAGGAUGGCCUUAAUGUAAGGAAGGACAUGUUAGACGAGACGAAAAGUGACGCAACAUCACUUCCGCCACAUGUUUUGUGGAAAGAAGCUCGUGUGGGAAAGGAUGGAACUGUUAGGGGUGACGUUCAACAUAUUUAUGAUGAAUGUGAGACCCUAUCUCAAUCGAUAAGCACAUCUGAGGACCAGGAGAACAGGAGCGUACUUAGUAGAGCACUAAAUGUUCCUGAGUAUCCCGGUCGGGUGAGGGGUAAAGGGCAUGGUUGUACUCCAACUUCCUUGUAUAAGAAUCCAAGGAGAAGAAAUCCUAGCAAUCAAGAAGUGAUGGAGACGUUGCAGGCAUUACAAGCGCAAGUUCUUCAAUUGCAAAAGGAUAAUGAGAGAUAUAGGUGUAUGGAAAAGUGCAGUUCACAGUUGAAAGAAACUAGUGAGAAAGCCAGUAUCAAUUGUCAAAAUAAAUUUCCCGAGGGCAUUUCAUCUUGUCAGCUAUACUUAUCGUCACCGACUUAUCGCCUAGUUGGCAAGGGAAAAGUGCACAACACUUCGGGAGAUUUACUUCACCAUAGACCGCUCCCGGAUGGACACCUUAAAGUAUCGGUUGAUGUUGUAUUAGAUAAGGAUGCGUUGCUACCGAUACCUGACAUUGUUUCAGAGACAACAUUGCUGCGAGAUGCAAUAGGAUCAUUUGUUGCAUGGCCCUUGGAUCUCAUUUUCAUUGAUGAUGAGGUAUUUGCUCAAGGGUCACAACAACUGAGCCAGAAAAUUGGUAGUCGACAGAAAAACAAAAGGGAUCUUCCAGUGACUUAUUUGCCAAAAAAAGGUGCUUUUGUGCCUCGAUACCAGAUAUCUCUUGAAACACUUGUUGACUCAUCAGAUAUGGCAACAGCUGGUGCUAUUCGCUUACUGGAUAUGGAGGAAGAUAUCUUUGGUUAUUCAUGCACUGAAACAAUCGGAAAAGAAGAUCUGGAACAUAUUUUUCGGCAUCAAGAAUUAGGCGUCGGUGUUAUACACACAUACAUCCGGUUCUUGUAUGACAAUUUCAUGCGCGGGAAUGAUCAAUUGUCAAACAGAUUCCGUUUCGUGUCUUCCUCCCUGGUCAACAAAGCAUUAAUUUGUAGGGAACCGGAUUCAUGUAGAGAGUACUUAGUCAAGAGAUUCAUGGCCAGCAGUACAAACAACUUGUAUCUUUGGCCGUAUAAUUCAGGGUGUCACUGGUUGUUGCUUGCUAUUGAUCCUUUAAAAGAAGUGGUAUAUUUUCUGAAUUCGAUAGAUGGUGAAUGGACAAAUUAUCCGGAUAUGAAGCAAUUAGUUGAUAUAUCAAUAAAAGUGUUCCGAUCUCAAAGACAAGCUCGAGUACCACGUACUAAAUCCAGCAACAUUACGUGGAUAAAAGUGCAGUGUCCUCUACAGCGCAACGGUAUCGAUUGCGGAUACUUUGUAAUGAGGUUUAUGAGGAAAAUCAUUAAUAUGAAUCAAAUAGAGAUUCCAAUCACGAUUAGUUAUGACUCCAAAUAG